GCGUGACGCGGCAACGGUACAGUUUUCUACAACCUCGAGGGAUGGCGGAGAAGCCGUAGCAGAGACUAUGUCAUAAAGAGAAAAUUCUUGCGUAGAAUAUACCAGGCUUUUGAUACUCGCCUUCGAGGCGAUGUAUACGAAUAUUUCAUUCAUUCGCAUAUAGAAAGCGUCCCGUCGUUAUAUCUCUCUUUUUGCGCAAAGUCUUGCAGACGUUAUCGAGUAACUGACGUUGAGGGAAAACCGGGAAAAGCGAUAGGAAAGUGCUUUAGGUUAAUAAGAAGAUGUAUUUUUCCUCAACAUCGGUGAACGGAGCAAUUCUAAAAACUGCAGUUAGAUAACGCGACGGAAAAGAAAUCAUUAAUUAACGAGUUACGCACGGCGGUAAGAUUAGGUAGGCUUUGAGAAGGCGAGGAAACAUAUCCGAAUCGCUCUCUAAGAAAUAGGUUUGUGAGACCAGGUGGGGUGGAUGAGACCAAACAGGACGCUCCUAACAUUUGGCAAUAAAGUGAGCACGAACAAUCCUUCAAUCAAAACUCGUCUGUCGAUUAUUGUUGGAAAAGCGACCCAGGGCGACUUCAACACGUUGAAAAUUCACGAUGCACGCCAGGAAGAUUAUGGGAUUUAUAUAUGCGCAAUCCCUUGGAACUACCAGACCGCGUUUUUGGAGGUGGUGGUACCGCCAAACAUUAUCUCAGAGGAGACCUCGGACGACUUAAUAGUUCCCGAAGGAAGUACUGCGAAGCUGGUGUGCAAAGCGCGCGGUUAUCCCAAGCCCAAGAUCGUGUGGCAGCGAGAAGACGGCGCCGAAAUCUUUUCGCGUGUCGGCCCUUAUAAGAUAAAGGUAAAAGAAUCCAGUGUGGAGGGCGAAGUGCUGACUUUAUCGAAUGUGACGAGGGACGAGAUGGGCAUCUACCUGUGCAUCGCCAACAACAAUGUAAUAACUCCACCAAUCACUCAUAGAAUAGAGCUGUACAUAAGUACACUGCACUGUAAGUAAAUAUGUUCGGAUAUUUCUGCCGUAUGCCACAAAGGACAUUUUUUUGUAAUCACGGAUGUCAACAUUUGUUUUAUUUAAAACUUUCGCGGUAAUUAUUGAGAAUAAGGGAACCACCUCCAAUGACCUUGACCUUGACAUAUGUUAUCAAGAACAUGACUCUGAGUGACCCUCAAAAGGUCUUAUCCGGCAAUUGUCCUUUGUUAAAAAGUUAUUAAUAAAAAACGUUAUAAAAAUUAA